UUUCUGAAUAUAUCCUUUUAUGCACAGAAAUAAACUCUGAGGAAAAAAUAUAAGAGGCAUCUGAUUCUCCCAAACAUUGGACAACAAGAGAGAUAACCCACAAUGGGGCAAGAAAAACCUCAAAAUAAACUAGAAGGAGACCUGAAUAUCCAGCUGAUCCCUUGGGCCGUUGCUUUUUUUUUCAUCUCAAUUCUCAGUGCCUGCUUUAUUGCAAAUUGUUUGGUGACUCACCACAACUUUCUACACUGUAAGAGAAGCACAGGCAUGUUCAAGUUAUCAGAGCACCACAUGAAGCUGACAUGCAUCAGAGAAAAAUCAGAACUGAAAGGCACAGAUAGGAGCUCCUGGAAUUGCUGUCCUGUUGGCUGGAGAGCCUUUCAGUCCAACUGCUAUUUUCCUCUUAAUGACAACAAGACAUGGGCUGAUAGUGGAAAGAACUGUACAGGGAUGGGGGCUCACCUGGCCACUAUCAGUACAGAAGCUGAGCAGAACUUCAUUAUUCAAUUUUUGGAAAGACAAUAUUCAUAUUUCCUGGGACUUACACGUGAGAACCCUGACGGCCAGUGGCAAUGGAUGGAUAAGACACCAUUUAACCCAGACAUGACAUUCUGGCAUAAGGGUGAACCCAAUAACCAUAAGAAAGAAAAUUGUUUUGUCCUUGUUAAUCACCAAAACAAAUGGGCCUGGAAUGAUUUUCCUUGUGACUUUGAAGCAAGUAGGAUUUGUAAGAUACCUGGAACAACAUUCAACAGAAACGUAUGAAGGGAUCCUUGUAAUGAGGACAGAAGAGAAGAACCUAUUAGACUAGUGCAGAAUAUACAUGCAUCAUUGGAAUAGAGAAAACAUGCUGGGCCAUAGAACAUUUUCCGUCAUGCUGUCUUUAUUUAUUUUGUUCAGUUCAUUCAAGAUAAUGUAUUUUUGUGUGGUGUUUCAGUGUAAGGAAUCAUCGUUUCUGUGAAAAUCAGUUGUCAUCAACUUUGCUUUCUUGAUAGUAUUUCAAAGUAUUUACCUUUCAAGUAGCAUGCAUUUAUUAUACAUCUAAUGGAAUGGCUUAAAUGGUACAGAGUCUUAGUCAUUUCUUCCUCUGCUCAAAAUCUUAGCUCUUCGAAUUCAAAAGCAGGC